AUGUCAGCUUCUUUACCGUUCCUUCUCAGCUGCCUCAGACGGUUCGGGGAAGAACUCACGCUGGUAGUCGCUGUGGUCCCGGACACACGCCUCCCACACGAGACACGAAAGGAAGAGGAGCACAGCCCCGCACGACGACAGUGGAACGGCUUCACGAGCCGCCCAGCCGACGUAGCACCCCCGCUCUGUGAGAGACGGGAACAGCACGCCGCUCAGCAGUUUGCCGACGAAGACGCCGAGGAAGAGCGAAGCGACGUUGAGGCGCAAGUUUCGGAGGCGGAAGAGAGUGUCCCACCGCUGAAGGCGGGAGGGGAGGACGAGGUCGUCGGUGAAGGUGGUCUCCAUGUCGUUCGUUAA